AUGGCUUUGGCUGCUCCCACUGUAGCUCUAUUUAAAUGGACAGUCAACGUUGCAAGAGAAUUAAUUCGACUUCGACGCGAUAAUCAUAAUGAUUUUGAAGGGUUUAUUGCUUCUCCCUCUCAAUGUCGAAGAAAAUGGUACUCAUUAAAAUAUGG